AUGACUGACUCUACCUCUUCUGCCGCCUCUACUCUUGUCAGGAUAAUUAGCAACGUAGUGACUUUAUUGAAAUGCGUUGCUCGGACAGGAUUUGUGAUAAUAAACAAUAUCUAUUGCAUACCUACAUAUGUAGUAUGGAUGAUGCUAUUAUUUCCUGUGAAAGUAUAUCAACCUCAAGUGUAUUGGCGAAUCGAAGGCCUAUUUUUCCACUGGUUAUUGGCAAUGGUGUCGAUGUGGACAUGGUCGGCAGGUUACGACAUAAUAGAGCAAGGGGAUGACAUUCAGAAGAUCAUAAGUGAAAAAACAUUAGUUAUAGCGAAUCAUCAGAGCACUGGUGAUGUUCCUAUAUUAAUGACAACAUUUAAUGCCAAACCGAAUGUUCUACCCAAUUUAAUGUGGAUAAUGGAUAGAGUGUUCAAAUUUACUAACUUUGGCAUAGUUUCUAUAUUGCAUCAAGAUUUUUUCAUUGUAUCGGGCCGUAAACGAAGGGAAGAAAGUUUAAAACAAUUAGAGAGACAUCUUAAAGAGUCUUAUAUACCACGAGACAGAAAAUGGAUGGUACUUUUCCCAGAAGGAGGUUUCCUAUGCAAAAGACGGGAGACAUCGCAAAAGUAUGCUAAAAAAAAUAACUUGCCUAUUCUUGAAAAUGUGACUCUACCGAGAGUAGGAGCUAUGCAGACGAUAUUCGAGACACUUGGACCAGUACGGAGUAAAAAUUCAGAAGAUCAACAGUUAAACAGCCGACCAAAUAUGACGGUAGCUAAGCCAGAAAUUAGUUGGGUUCUUGAUAUAACAAUAGCGUAUCCUCAAGGUAAGCCAAUCGACUUACCUACCAUCAUAACUGGCUCAAGACCUCCAUGCGAGACGGUACUGUUCUAUCGACUCUUUCCUAGUUCAGUGGUUCCUCGUGAACCAGAAAUGUUAUCUAAAUGGUUGUACGACAGAUGGGUAGAAAAAGAAGCGCUUUUGGAAAAUUUUUAUAAAUAUGGAACGUUUCUUGGCACAAAUGAGUCGAGGAGAGGGGGUUGCAAGAUACAUCAGGAUCCAUUAAAAUUCCUAGUCCUUCAUUUAUUCUUUAUAAUGUCUAGUUAUAUACACUAUAGCAUGUUUAGGUACGUGCUAUCAUGCUUUUGGUAAGAUAUUUUAUACGUCACAUAAGACGCACGACGCAGUCCAGUUUAAAGAAGAAAAUCACAGAGUAGUAAAGUAAGAUAUCCCUGCCUUAAACAAUUUUGAUGUCGAGAAGAAUAAUUCUAACGAAUGUGCGAAUUAUCAAACCGACAAUGACCUAGCAAAAAAUCAUCCGUGACACUUCUUUUUAACGGAAUACAGUUCAUAAACGGCAUUUACGUGAGACCUGUUACAUGAAUUUAAGAAUAUUAAGUUAGCAUACUUUAUAUACUUGUCUCAAAGAUUAAAUAAAUUUUAUAUUUAACACGAAAGAACAUUCGAGGUGUCGUCAAGUAUAAAUGAAAUAUAUUUCUAGAAUUUGUUUCUGCAAUCUUUUUUUUGUGACUGCAAAUUUCAAAGAUGAUUUUUAUUAUAUCGCUCACAUUCUAUGUAAAGUAUAAAUUGCAUAGCGAAACCACUUUUACAAGUCACUACAUAUUUGUAUUUUCAAUGGUGACGGAAUAUUUUUAAAACGGAAUCGAUGUGUGUGACUAUGUCGAUUUGAAAUAAAUCAAUUAAGAUUUAUUUUUUUCUCAUUAUAUUGAGUAUUGAAGAAUAUAAAUAUAUUUAUUUGUGAAUUGAGAGAUAACAUCGGAGACACGUUAAAACUAAACGCAUUAGAAAUAAAAUUUUGAUCUGUCUUAUAUCGUAUCUUAUGUAAUCUUUUUUUUUUUGGAGACGGCGCAACGCUUUUUGCUACUAAUUCUUGCGAUCGCGUGAAUGUAGCGUCUAGAUUACUCAUCCCAAUCAAGCGAUUUAACGGCUGUUAGUUCGCACGAUCGUAUUGUACGUUGCAUAAUAAAUACUACACGAUUUUGUAGAUAGCCGAGUUUA